AUAAUAAAGGUUGCGACUUUACUGGACUUGAGCCACUGCUCCUCUAAAAUGCUCUUUUCUGGUUCAUCAUCUUGUUGGCUCCCGAGGAUUCGGUGCUUCUUGGUCCUCCUCAUUUUGGCUUCUCUAAACCAAAAUUUGUGAUAAAAAUCAAGUCUUGCCAGUUGGGUUUUGCUUGAUUUUUCUUGGUUCCAAACGAUCAUUCUUGGUGGUAGGUUGAUGGGCUCUUCUGAUCUUUGAGUGUUUUUUCUUCUUAAGAGAGAUUAAGUUAGAGAGAGAGAGUUUUCGAGAGAGAAGAGAUGGGGGAGAAACCGGAAGCAUUGGAGGCUGUUCUCAAGGAAACUGUGGAUUUGGAAAAUAUACCCAUUGAGGAGGUCUUUGAGAAUCUGAGAUGUAGCAAAGAGGGUCUCACCACUGAGGCUGCUGAGCAAAGGCUAACCAUUUUUGGAUACAACAAGCUUGAAGAGAAGAAGGAGAGCAAAUUCUUGAAGUUUUUGGGGUUUAUGUGGAACCCUCUCUCAUGGGUUAUGGAAGCUGCUGCUAUCAUGGCCAUUGCCCUUGCAAAUGGAGGAGGUAAGCCUCCGGAUUGGCAAGACUUUGUGGGUAUUAUUACCCUUCUUUUUAUCAACUCAACCAUUAGUUUCAUUGAGGAAAACAAUGCUGGUAACGCUGCAGCAGCUCUCAUGGCUCGUCUUGCUCCUAAAGCCAAGGUUCUUCGAGAUGGAAGGUGGAGUGAACAAGAUGCUGCUGUUCUUGUGCCCGGAGACAUUAUUAGUAUUAAGCUCGGAGAUAUUGUUGCGGCCGAUGCUCGUCUUCUUGAGGGGGAUCCUUUGAAAAUUGACCAGUCUGCACUUACAGGCGAGUCCCUUCCUGUGACGAAGGGCCCGGGGGACGGUGUUUACUCUGGUUCCACUUGCAAGCAGGGUGAAAUAGAAGCAGUGGUUAUUGCCACUGGUGUUCACACCUUCUUUGGGAAGGCUGCUCACCUUGUUGACACCACUAAUCAAGUUGGUCAUUUCCAAAAGGUCUUGACUGCGAUCGGAAAUUUCUGCAUAUGUUCAAUCGCGGUGGGGAUGAUAAUAGAGAUUGUUGUCAUGUAUCCAAUUCAGGAUCGCGAGUAUCGUCCUGGAAUUGAUAACCUUCUUGUGCUUCUCAUUGGUGGAAUUCCCAUUGCCAUGCCUACUGUACUGUCGGUGACAAUGGCUAUUGGGUCUCAUAGGUUGUCUCAGCAGGGAGCUAUCACAAAGAGGAUGACAGCCAUUGAAGAGAUGGCGGGCAUGGACGUGCUUUGCAGUGACAAGACUGGAACCUUGACGUUGAACAAGCUUACAGUUGACAAAAAUCUUGUCGAGGUUUUCGCAAAAGGAGUCGAUCCAGAUACUGUUGUUCUGAUGGCAGCUCGAGCAUCCAGAACAGAAAAUCAAGACGCGAUAGAUACGGCUAUAGUUGGAAUGCUGGCUGAUCCAAAGGAGGCACGUGCUGGUAUUCAAGAAAUUCACUUCCUUCCUUUCAAUCCGACUGAUAAGAGAACUGCAUUGACUUAUCUUGACCGUGACGGUAAAAUGCACAGAGUCAGCAAAGGUGCACCCGAACAGAUUUUAAAUCUUGCACACAACAAGUCUGAAAUUGAGCGUAGAGUACAUGCUGUGAUCGAUAAGUUUGCAGAGAGAGGUUUACGGUCUCUUGCCGUUGCCUAUCAGGAAGUUCCAGAAGGAAGGAAAGAAAGUCCUGGUGGUCCAUGGCAAUUUAUUGGCCUCAUGCCUCUCUUUGACCCACCUAGGCAUGACAGUGCAGAAACAAUUAGAAGAGCUCUAAAUCUGGGAGUAAAUGUGAAAAUGAUUACAGGUGAUCAACUGGCUAUAGGAAAGGAAACUGGACGUCGGUUGGGAAUGGGAACCAACAUGUAUCCUUCAUCUGCUUUACUGGGGCAGGACAAAGAUGAGUCUAUAGCUGCUUUACCGGUUGACGACCUGAUAGAGAAAGCUGAUGGCUUUGCCGGUGUUUUCCCUGAGCACAAGUACGAGAUUGUAAAGCGGUUGCAAGCUAGGAAACAUAUAUGUGGAAUGACUGGUGAUGGAGUUAACGAUGCUCCUGCCCUAAAAAAAGCCGACAUUGGAAUAGCUGUUGCUGAUGCUACUGAUGCAGCUCGCAGUGCUUCCGAUAUUGUCCUUACCGAACCUGGCCUUAGUGUUAUCAUUAGUGCUGUUUUGACGAGCCGAGCAAUCUUCCAGAGGAUGAAAAAUUAUACGAUAUAUGCUGUUUCCAUUACAAUCCGUAUUGUGCUUGGUUUCAUGUUGCUGGCUUUGAUAUGGAAGUUUGACUUUCCUCCUUUUAUGGUGCUAAUUAUUGCCAUUCUCAAUGAUGGUACUAUCAUGACGAUAUCAAAGGAUCGAGUGAAACCAUCUCCACUGCCAGAUAGCUGGAAGCUGGCAGAGAUUUUCACAACCGGUGUUGUGCUCGGUAGUUACAUGGCAAUGAUUACUGUCAUAUUUUUUUGGGCAGCAUACAAAACUAAUUUCUUCCCUCGCACAUUUGGGGUACCAACUCUUCAGAAGGAGGCCCAUGAUGACUUUCGGAAGCUUGCCUCAGCAAUAUAUCUGCAAGUGAGCACUAUUAGUCAGGCUCUUAUAUUCGUUACCCGAUCUCGAAGCUGGUCAUACGUUGAGCGUCCCGGAUUGUUGCUACUGAUGGCUUUUGUGGUUGCUCAGCUGAUUGCCACUUUAAUCGCGGUGUACGCAAACUGGAGCUUUGCUGCAAUUGAAGGGAUUGGAUGGGGUUGGGCUGGUGUAGUCUGGCUAUACAACAUCAUCUUUUACAUCCCACUUGAUUUGAUAAAGUUCUUCAUUCGCUAUGCCUUGAGUGGACGAGCUUGGGAUCUUGUUAUUGAGCAAAGGAUUGCCUUCACAAGGCAAAAGGACUUCGGAAAGGAACAACGUGAGCUUCAAUGGGCGCACGCGCAAAGAACAUUGCACGGUUUGCAACCACCCGAUACCAAGAUGUUUACUGAAAGAACACAUUUUAAUGAACUUAAUCAGAUGGCUGAAGAAGCAAAAAGAAGAGCCGAAAUUGCAAGGUUGAGAGAACUCCAUACGCUAAAGGGUCACGUUGAAUCAGUCGUGAGGUUAAAGGGACUCGAUAUCGACACAAUUCAGCAAGCAUAUACAGUGUGAGGGAGAUGUUUUCUUGGCCUUACUCUUACUGUGAAAGACCAGACCUACUAGUGCUGAGAGUAGAGACGUAUAAUCAGCAUGUUGUUGUUUGUUGCCCCUCUUAAAACAGCCAUUAAAAUUUAUGCUACUCCGCUUUCUGUUCUGAGCACACCUUAAAGAGUACUGUGAAUUAGCUUCUUAAUCUUAAUCAUUCUAUAAAUUACUUUUUCCCUC